AUGACCGAAUCUAUAGAGAUGGAGGAAUUUAAAAUGACUGCAGAAGAUUUAAAAGAUUUUAAAAGAGAUCUUUUGGCCACUGUCUACAACCAAACCCACACUCAACUAAUGAUCUAUCAACAGGGCAAGUGUCUGAGAACAGCAAAGGCAAAUAAAACUCGUAAAUCUUCUCAUAUAUCGACAAUAGCAGAUAACGAAGAACCACUACCAUCGGCUGAUGUGCUAAAUGAUAUAAAAUUAGACAAAGAAUUAGAUGCCUUGAGAAAUAUCUAUAAAGUGGGCUUUGAAGAACUGACAAAAGAAAAUAUAGAUGAAACAAAUCCCUACUCGGACUUGAUCAAGGCCAUAGAGGUGCAAAAACAAAACAAUAAUGAAGUGGAUAUUUUAACUAAGGAGUUAAAGGAGAACAAAGCGAUUUUGAAACACUUAAAGGAAUUGCAGAAGAAAGAGCAAGCCGAAAUGACAGAACAGCUUUCACAAAAAACUCAGCGCAUUGAAGUUUUACGCGAUCAAUUGAACAAUAUCAAACGUAUAAAUCAUUUGGAAGUUAGACUGGUAGAGAAAUGGGAAAACAAUCGCUUGACCCAGGCCACUAUACUGGGUGAAAAGAAAGAACGUUUACUUAUGAAAGAAAUACUUGAACUUAACCGGCGCAUGGCUGGUGAGCAACGUUUGAUCUAUGAAAUUGAAUCUUUUCGCAAUCACGAAAUCUCUGAAUUAAAAGAUAAAAUUUCGGAAUGGGAACACAAAUUUCAGGAGGAGAAAUCGAAAAUUAUUACAAAGAACCUAACAUUGACACAAAAUAUUGCUGAUAUAGUGAAAUCGCAUGAAAAACAUCGCGAAAUUACGGAGCAAAGGCAGAUUUUUGUGGCCGAAUAUCUGCAGCAAAAAGCCGAAGAGCAACGUUUGUAUGAACAGCAACGCUAUCGUAUCGAAUGUGCUGUACGUAUACAGGCUUGGUGGCGUGGUGUUAUGGUACGUAAGGGUUUGGGUCCUUAUCGUAAAAAAUCCAAAAAGGGUAAGAAAUCAAAGAGUAAAAAGUAA